CAGAGAAGGGUUUAUGAGAGUGCAAAAAACGGCACCGUUUUUGCACCCAGAGCAGGAUAAAAUGAGAGACCCAACUACCAACGGUAGAAACUGAUACAAAUGCCCUUCUUUUCCCUCCCCCAACAAAGCUUCUUCCUUUGUAGUCCAAAACCCUUGUCCAAAUUCCCCAAAACCCUGCUCUUUCUCUGCCCUAAAAUGUCUACAAACCCCAAUUCCCACCAAAAUUACCCAACACCUCUAUCACCUCCCUUGCCAUCAAUCUCAAAAGACAUCGAGCUUGCCAGAGCCAUGACAGCUUCUUCAAAAUCAAGCCUUUUUGAACUCUCAAGAAGUGAUAUUCUAUAUGAAGAUGAGUGGCUCAUUGCUGUCAACAAGCCUCAAGGGAUUUAUUGUGACAGCGUUCUGGCGUCUGUUCCUCGGUUUCUUUCUGACUCGACCGAGUUGGAUCCACUCAGUGAAGGGAACCAGGCCAGCCCAUUUGAGCUCCAUCUGGCCAAUCGACUUGAUCGUGACACAAGUGGUAUCAUGGUUAUAACCAAGUCACACAAAGUAGCUGCUGCGCUUGUCAAAGCAUUUACUAAUCACAUGGUUCGUAAAACAUAUGUUGCUUUCUGCAUUGGUUCAGCUCCAAAAUCAGAAAGAAUUACAGUCAAAUCAGGUCAUGGUCGAUCAAAGUUUGGAGCAUGGCGUGUGUAUGCUGCAGGAGACAUAGGCCGAAAACUACCAGGUGGGUCCAUAGUAAGGCACAUGGAAACUACAUUUGAAGUAUUAUCAAUCAAUGGACAGUGGAGCUACAAGGACCCAUCUGAAUCUGUGAAAGAUGAAGAAACUAGUAUUAUAGUUGAAGAAAAAGCUGUUAUAGAUGUUGAUACAAAGAAAGAUGAGAUUUUGGUCAGAGCAUUUCCUCAAAGUGGAAGAACGCAUCAAAUUCGAUUGCAUUGCCAAUAUCUGGGGAUUCCUAUUAGAGGUGAUGUGAAAUACGAGGGUGUCUAUGAGUGGAAAGGGAGAAGAUAUGAUGCCCAUGAGCUUCAUGCAGAGAGCUUAUCCUUUCAGCAUCCAGUUACUGGUUUCCCUGUCUUGAUUCAAGCACCUCUGCCUUUGUGGGCUAGCCAAGCACUGCAGCCUUUAACAGAUUAAACGGCAUCCUCUGUAUUCAUUCUGGAAAUUUUGUUCUUUUGAAGAUCCCCAAGAAUGCGAUAAGGUGCUCUGAGGAUAUUGACAUAUCAUGCAUUUUGCAUGUAAGAACUGUUAUAAUAAUGUUUAUGGGGCACAUCAUUGUAGCUGAUUCAUUCCAUAUGGGCAUUAACUCUACUUUUGCAUUGCUAGGUUGUGCUAUUUGUAGGGUUCUGCAAUUCAACAUGAUUGCCAAUUUGCCAAGCAUUGUACGCCUCAAUUUUGAGCAAAACCUCCGCCAGCUGUUUUUUCAGCCUUUGCCUCAACUCAGCUUCCUGACUGUACUGUUAUGUGUAUUCAAGACGUCAUUAUUUAAAGUUGGUAUUUAUUAUUAUCAACUCUAGUUUCUGUUUUUUUUUUUUUUUUUGAGAAAUAAUAUUGCUGGAAAGCCAAUUGGCUUCAUUUACUUGUAAAGAUCCAAAUCCUGUGGAUGAUUUUGGAGGCAGCAAAACCUGAAUUUAUGUAUGGUGACUCUCAUAAACCUCUAGAAUGUUGGUAAUGGCUGAAUUUAAAUAUGUUUUUCUAACAAAUGGAAACACUAUUAAUUUGUGUAAUUGCUAUGC